AUGUUACCAAAUCUGCAUCUACGACAUGCUCGGUCAUGGGAACAAGGCAGACGACGUGAAAACCAGCGGCAACGACAUGGCUCUGCUGCCCUUCGAAAACCGAUGUAUUCGGCUUCUGAAGAAGACAUGGGUUUCGGUUCGUUUGACUAUAAUGAUAUGGUCGAUGCUGUUGCUCUUCGUCGUUACAACACCGCCCAGUUGAGCAGGAGCAGCGAGGAGAACAGCAUUUCAACACCGAGCGUGUCUGAAAUCUCGUUGCAACGUGGCUUUUCAAUUCACGUAACGGUCCCGUCCGCAGGCAAUGGUGUGGAACACAAAGUGCUCGUCGCAAUGUUCGAUCUCACGUGCUCCUUCACCCACGAGUGCGUGCCCUCACGCAGUACAUCUGCUUAUCUAUCAGCUGUGAUCACCAACACCACUCCCUUCCCGUUCCCUCCGGGAGAUGCUGCCGUAUAUCUGAAUAAUGGAUUUGUCACCAAGGCUCAUCUACGAACGGUACCGCCUGGUGAUGAGUUCCGUUGUUCACUUGGAGUCGAUCCAUCCAUCAAAAUCGAAUACAAGACUCCAACUGUCAGCCAGGAACAGCACACUGCUUACACACGAGCAGAUUGUCUCGCUUCGGAACGCGCCAAGGCUAUGCAGUCAGUUCAGGUUACUGUAAGAGACCAAAUACCGAAGUCAGCUGAUGAGAAAAUCAAGGUGGCCAUCGUUGCUCCUGACAUUCGUGCCAAAAAUGGUGAAGCGAAAUUGAACAAGGACCACCAAUUUGGAAUGGACAGUCGUCUUGGUGCCAGGCCAACAGAAGGAUCUUCACAUCAAAUACACUGUCGAACAUCCGGCGUCAGAAUCGCUCUCAUUCAAACUUGCAGUGCAAUAAUUAUAGAUAGU